UCUCUUAUAUAAACAUAAAUACAUUUAUUCUUUAUUUUCUUUCUUCAUAUUUUCCUUCUCUGCUCUUGUAAUUAUAAAUAAAUUCUUCUGUAUUACGAAGAAAUUCAAUUGUGUACUAUAUAUAUACAUGAUAUUUACAAUCUUUCUUUGUCUAUAAAACCCUACGAGAAGGGUUUUUUUAUGUGCAUGCAAUUUGAAUAAUCAAACCCCUUUUCUUUUCUCUUCAAAAUACACAGUAAAAUGUUGACCGGAAUCAAUCCCACUGAUUACACUAAAUUCUACGAUUUCGGCGAUUAUGCAUUCUCAGGGCUAAAUGUAACACCACCUCAUUACGAUAACAUCCACGAUGCCAUCUACGGCUCCGAUGAGUUCCGCAUGUACGCUUACAAGAUCAAACGGUGCACCAGGACUCGCAGCCACGACUGGACGGAGUGCCCCUACGCCCAUCGCGGAGAGAAAGCGACUCGUCGAGACCCGCGAAAGGUUCCUUACGUAGCCAUCGCUUGCCCUGGGUUUCGAAACGGGAAAUGUCAUAAAGGUGACACGUGCGAAUACGCACAUGGCGUUUUUGAGUACUGGCUGCACCCUGCACGUUACCGUACACGUGCAUGCAAUGCGGGGCGUUUUUGCCAGCGUAAGGUUUGUUUCUUUGCUCACACGCCGGAGCAGCUCCGAUCGGAGAAGAAGUAUGCGUGUCCUUUUGUAUACAGGGCGAGAAUGAACGGAGGGAGUGAGGAGGGUUCGACGUCAUCGGGUAUUAGGAUGGAUGAGUUGCUGAAUAGUUUGAGGAAUUGGAAUAUUGUGGAUGAAGAGAAGAAAGGCGGCGGAGGAAUUGAGGAAUCGGAAGGUGAAUUGGCUCAUCUUGAUUGGAUUUCUGAAUUGGUUAAGUGAUCUUCAUUUUGUGUAAUUUUUGAAACUAUGUUUAAAUUAAAUAUUUAAUUAGUAAUUACUACUGUGAUUAUAUAUAUGUUAUUGUUA